AUGGGGAAUUAUAAUAGGGCCGAGAAGUGUGUCUCCAAAGGUUGCCCACAGGUGUCCAUCUUGGGACCGGAGUUGAGGAAUCUGGUGUUUGAUGGCCUCCUCCGUCUGCUGGAGGCGAGAGAAUGUGAUUGUUUCGCCUACGCGGAUGAUCUAUUGGUCCUAAUAAAGGGGAACAGUAGGAGAGAGGUUGAAUCAUCGAGGCAAGUGAUAACGGAUUGCAUAAUGGAAUGGUUUGAGAGAGUAUUUCUAGCUAUAAUUACUUAUGGUGCUGGGGCUUGGGAGGACCUGGAAAAGAAGCGUCACAUUAGAAUUCUCAUGAGCACUCAGAGAUACGCUCUCUUGAGCAUAACAAGGACCUACAGGAUUGAUUCCACUGAGGCCGUGCAGGUUCUGGCUGGAGUGGAACCACUAGAUUUAACUCUUAAAUGUAGAGCUUUAAUAUACAGAGCAGUGAAGCAAGAAAAAAUCGAGUUCGGUGAGUUUGCUUCUAAUCCGGUGAUGACUCCUGCUCAGAUUAGUAAGGGACUCAGGAGGGCAAUAAUUACAGAAUGGAAUAAUAGAUGGAGUAAUAGAAUAAGAGAAGGGUAG